CAUAAAAUAAGACCCAAUGAGGCUGUUUGUCAAGCAGCAUUGAGUGAAGAUCAAAGGUGUGUUAUUUUAUUGAACACAUGCAUUUCCACAUGUGCACACAAAUACAAGCAUACAGCACGUCUCUAUCUGCGUCAGAGAAAACUGCACCUAGUCCCGUCUCAUCUCGUUAGAGUCUGCACGCUCAGGCUUGCCAUCACUGGAACCUUCCCCUUCCUGUUGUUCUGAGGCAGCUGCUCGCUGACACCAGACUAAUAAAAAGUAUUAGUCGAAUAGAAAGUACACUGUGCUCUGGGGCUGACAGGAGAGUAUCACUUAACUGACUCGUUUCGACAAAUAGAGCAGUCAACUGAAAAUGUCCACUGUUUGGGAGUAGGCUAGCUCUUAGAUGAAAAUCAAAUAUAUAAAUUAGCUUGAACGUUUGAAUGACAUUACAGCUCAACUAAAUAAAGACAAAACAAUAACCUACAUACAUUUAAUUGAUAUUGACAUUUUCAUGAGAUCCUGACAGAAUGCUAAAGGAACAAAAACAAGCUAACAGGCCAACAAAUGCUAAUGUUUUUCCACACAAUAUCUAGAGCUACUUCAACCUGGGGGUAUAAAGGGUUACUUCAGCCUGGGGGUAUAAAGGGUUACUUCAACCUGGGGGUAUAAAGGGUUACUUCAACCUGGGGGUAUAAAGGGUUACUUCAACCUGGGGGUAUAAAGGGUUACUUCAGCCUGGGGGUAUAAAGGGUUACUUCAACCUGGGGGUAUAAAGGGUUACUUCAACCUGGGGGUAUAAAGGGUUACUUCAACCUGAGGGUAUAAAGGGUUACUUCAACCUGGGGGUAUAAAGGGUUACUUCAACCUGGGGGUAUAAAGGGUUAUUUCAACCUGGGGGUAUAAAGGGUUACUUCAACCUGGGGGUAUAAAGGGCCAGUGGCACGCCAGGCUCCUUUUCACCUAACACCAGAUUUACUUAACAAAAGGCACAUCAAUAGGUGUUCCAGGUAAGUCAUGACAUAGCACAAGCGGCGGGGUGGGCCUUUCCCCUUUUGUUCUCUAUUGCUCCUCAAGCAAGGGGGGAGGCCGAUGACAUCACAACUUCAUCAAACCAACUCCUUGAAUGCUCUACUCCUUGAAGUUUCCAGUUGUCUAAAAAACAAUUUUGCUCAAAACAUAUCAUUUUACCCUUUAGUGUGUGUACUUUAGUUUAUUUAUACUUGGUAUAUCACUUUAACAGGAACAGUUAUUUAAAAUUAAAAUAAAUCACUGGAGGAUGUCUUUAAACGUUCAAAACACCACAACAUCAACUCCGCCCGUCUCCCGCCAAGCCCAGCCAGAGACAAAUCCCUCAGGUGAUUACAUAGCUAAAGCAGUCAGAUGUGGGAGGGCCUUGGAUGGGUGGUAGCCUACUCCUCCCAGUGUGUAAGCAAGCAGUCCGUUAAGCUUCAGUAUGUGGUAGAGCUUCAAAACAGAAGACUGACUCCACUCCACUGACUUUUAGGCCUGGAAAGGCUGUAUUUUGUGGCGGACAGGACAGACAGGCUGCAGCAAAGCCCGUCUGUCUACAAGUGUAGGGUCAGUAGGAGCACCAUGCCCCAAGGGGCUGCAGCAGGAUCAGACAGGAAGAGGGCUGCCAGAGGCCAGGAGGGACCCAGAGCCUCUCAGACGCUCAGCUCACAGACCCGAGGAGAGGCACAUGACUCCCCCCUCUCUCACUGGAGCAAGAAACACCACUGACUCUGGAGUGAGAGGAGAAAUGCUCCAGACUCAGAGAAGCCAACAUCAAGGCUGUUCAUAACAGAGGACAUAAAAAUAGGCCUGGGAUCUUAUAAUUCCGUGACACAUUGUACACUUACCAGUGGAUUAACUGAGAGGACUGGUCUUGUCUUUUUGGAUACAAGCACAGGUAUUGAUGGAGUUACUUGCUGUUCUUUUUAAAACACUGGACAUGGUGGUGUUCGCAUGAGCACAUUGUUAUGCUUAUGAACAUUGGAUAGGAGUGAAAGUGUGGUUAUUUUUUUCGAACUAGUAUUCUCUAAUGCUGGGGGAAGAUGCUAACUCUUAAAGGGAAAUUACAUAGAUAACAUCAACUGAUGUGUACCCCUGCAAUUAAGGACAAUUUAGUCCUCUAUUCCUUAGAAUUAUCUUGUACAAGUGAUCGCUGCUUUCCACAACAACAUUCCCAUUGUUGUAUUGACAUUCAUAUCCACUCCUCUCUAAAGAUGAAUAACAGCACUCUAGAGACUGAUGGCAUUAGUGCUCUUGGCUUGAGCCAAACCAACACGAGCUGUAUUAAGAGUGAUGGCUUCAAGUACACCCUGUACAUCUCGGUUUUCAGCCUGGUCUUCAUAGUCGGGCUGCUCUUCAACAUGGCUGCCAUGUACAUCUUCGCCUGCACACUGAAGUUGCGCAACGAGACCACCACCUACAUGAUGAACCUGGUGGUGUCCGACCUGCUCUUUGUCCUCACCCUGCCCUUCAGGAUCUUCUACUUUAUCAACCAGGAUUGGCCGUUCGGCAGGGGGCUCUGCCAGCUUUCUGUCUCCCUAUUCUACACCAACAUGUACGGCAGCAUUCUCUUCCUCACUUGCAUCAGUGUGGACCGCUUCCUGGCCAUCGUCCACCCAUUCCGAUCACAGGCGUUGCGGACGAAACGGAACGCCAAGCUGGCCUGCUGCGCUGUGUGGGUGUUGGUGCUGUCUGGCAGCCUUCCGACAGGCUUCCUCCUCGACACCACCUCGCUCAGGAACGAAAACUCCUCUGUCAACUACUGCUUUGAGAACUUCUCCAACAAGCAGUGGAAGUCCAGUCUGUCCAAGGUUGUGGUGUUUAUUGAGACGGUGGGAUUCCUGAUUCCGUUGUUAGUCAACAUCUUCUGCUCCGUUUCGGUCCUCCAGACACUGCGCCAGCCCCAGGCCAUCAGCCGCGGGGGCCAGCUCAACAAGAGCAACAUCCUGAGGAUGAUCGUGGUCCAUCUCCUCAUCUUCUGCUUCUGCUUCAUCCCCUACAAUGUCAACCUGGUGUUCUAUGCCCUGGUCCGCACCAAGCUGCUGAAGGGCUGCGUUGUGGAGUCGGUGGUGAGGACCAUCUACCCCAUCGCGCUCUGCAUUGCGGUCACCAACUGCUGUUUCGACCCCGUCAUCUACUACUUCACCUCCGAGACCAUCCAGAACUCCAUCAAACGUAAGUCUAUGGCAGUUCGCAACAAGAAUAAGCUGGGCAAGGGUCUUCAGACAGACACGCUGCAGAGCCAGAGCAUCAUGCAGAACAACCUGAGGACUCUGAGCGACAAAGUAUUUUACAACGAGUCCACUGUGUGACGUCAUCACCCACAUGAGCCACCUUGAUGAGGCAUCAGUGCGAUAUUUGACAUCAAUAUUUCAGUGAGCCAAUAUUUGGUGCAACACGCCCAGAUGAUCGGAGCUAACAGAUGGGAGAUGAGUGGUCUUGAGUGGAUUCUAUAGGAACCAUGGCAUCACAGGAACAAAGUGAGCAAACCCUAAAGUGCAGUUGCAUUAAGGGUACCAUCCAGUGACUCAGCUCUGAGUGUUGUCGUGUUAAAGGGAUACUUUGGAAUUUUGGCUAGCAUGCUAGCAGAAACCCAUAGACUUCCAGUCAUUGUGCAAA